CAAAAUUCCAAAAGAACCAUUUUCUCCGUUCGAAGUUGAGCCCCCUGUGUUUACGUACAAGUUUUGCACCGCACGUUGCAAUGGCCAAAAGGACAAAGAAGGUUGGUAUUGUUGGCAAAUAUGGCACACGUUAUGGUGCCUCUCUGCGUAAGCAAGUCAAGAAGCAGGAGGAAAGCCAGCGCAUCAAAUAUUUCUGCAAGUUCUGUGGAAGGGACAGUGUGAAGAGAUUAGCUGUGGGCAUCUGGCGCUGCAAGCCAUGCAAGCGAACCACCGCUGGGGCUGCGUACACCCUGCACUCCACUGCCUCCGUCAAUGCCGCGUCAUUCAUUAAGCGCAGCAAGGAAAUGCAAGAAAAGGACUAAUAAAUUUGGGCCUUGCCCCUCGUGAA